AUGAUAAACGAGACGACGAUGAAAACGAACGGAAUCAAUGGAGAAACAAUUGGCGAAAACGACGGAGAAGAAGAGGAAGAAGAAGAAGGGAAUGAAGAUCGAAACCGUUCAUCUUCGUUUCUUCGUCUUCUGAAUGCUCCCAGAAAUUCAGUGUGCAAUGCGAAUACGGUACACAGUAUUUCAUCUUUUAGAUCCGAUCACCUCUCCCGAAAAUCGACACACAAACUUUUGGAAAAUCCAAACCUCUUUGCAAUUGAGUUAACUGAGAAACUAUCUCCUCCGUGGAUCGAAAACACAUUCGAAAAAAGAGAAUGUGUUCGUUUCACAGCACAAUCAAAAGACGCCGAAAGAUGUGGAUGUGGAAGACCUCUGGCCGCCCAUUCAUCUGCUUCUAGACUCUUCUACACACUACCUUACCAAAUCAUAGACAAAGAACAAGAAGUUUGGACCAUCGCUAACAACACUCAGACAUCAACAACCGAUGCUUUCGGAACUAUUGUAUUCCAAGGUGGAGCUCAUGCUCACAAAGCUCAAUAUGUGAGAUUAUCUUAUGAUUCGGAACCAUUGGAUGUGAUGUAUUUAAUGGAGAAAGUAUGGGGACUUGAAGCACCAAGACUCGUUAUCACUGUUCAUGGAGGAAUGAGUAAUUUUGAACUCCAAGAACGUCUCGGUCGUCUGUUCCGCAAGGGAAUGCUUAAAGCAGCACAGACAACAGGUGCCUGGAUUAUCACUAGUGGUUUAGAUAGUGGAGUUGUACGCCACGUGGCAAAAGCACUGGAUGAAGCUGGAAUUUCUGCAAGAAUGAGAUCCCAAAUAGUAACAAUUGGAAUUGCGCCAUGGGGUGUUAUCAAAAGAAAGGAGCGUUUGAUCCGAAAGAACGAGCAUGUCUACUAUGAUGUUCAUUCAUUGUCCGUAAAUGCAAAUGUAGGUAUUUUGAACGAUCGACAUUCUUAUUUUUUGCUUGCUGACAAUGGAACUGUUGGAAGGUUCGGAGCAGAUCUUCAUCUCAGGCAGAACCUAGAGAAUCACAUUGCAACUUAUGGAUGUAACGGAAGAAAAGUACCUGUAGUUUGUACUUUAUUGGAGGGAGGUAUCAGUUCGAUCAAUGCUAUUCAUGACUAUGUAACAAUGAAGCCAGACAUACCUGCAAUCGUGUGCGAUGGUAGUGGAAGAGCUGCAGACCUCAUUUCCUUUGCCGCCAGAUACAUAAACACCGAUGGAACUUUUGCGGCGGAAGUUGGGGAAAAGCUGAAAAAUCUGAUAAAAAUGGUGUUCCCAGAAUCAGAUCAAGAAGGAAUGUUAAGCAAAAUCACAGAAUGCGUCAUUCGAGACGAUCUUCUGAGAAUAUUCAGAUACGGUGAAGAAGAGGAAGAAGACGUCGAUUUUGUGAUUUUAAGCACCGUACUUCAAAAACAGAAUCUACCCCCCGAUGAACAGUUAGCAUUGACAUUAUCAUGGAAUCGAGUCGAUUUGGCAAAGAGUUGUCUAUUCUCCAAUGGUAGAAAAUGGCCGAGUGAUGUGCUUGAAAAAGCAAUGAAUGACGCAUUGUAUUGGGAUCGAGUUGAUUUUGUAGAAUGUCUACUAGAAAAUGGAGUGUCCAUGAAGAAUUUCUUGACCAUCAAUCGUUUGGAGAAUUUGUACAACAUGGAUGAUGUAAACAGUGCCCACUCGGUUAGGAAUUGGAUGGAAAACUUUGAUUCAAUGGAUCCACAUACCUAUUUGACAAUUCCAAUGAUAGGACAAGUGGUUGAAAAACUGAUGGGAAACGCAUUCCAAUUGUAUUACACUUCGAGAAGUUUCAAAGGAAAAUACGACAGAUACAAAAGACUCAACCAGGUUUUCCCCUUUUUGGAAUAUCCAUCAAUCUUUAGCAGUUAUUUCUACCGAAAACGAAAGAUCGUGCAAAAAGAAUUGUUCAAAAAGAAAUCGGAUGAUCAAAUCGAUGAGUCUUCGGAAGAAGAUUUUAGUUUUUCAUAUCCAUUUAAUGAUCUUCUGAUUUGGGCGGUGCUUACAAGUAGACAUGAAAUGGCAAAAUGUAUGUGGAUUCAUGGAGAGGAUGCAAUGGCGAAGUGCUUAGUUGCUAUCAGAUUAUACAAAGCAACAGCGAAGAUAGCAGAAGAUGAAUAUUUAGAUGUAGAAGAGGCCAAGAGACUAUUUGAUAAUGCAGUAAAGUGUCGAGAAGAUGCAAUCGAAUUAGUCGAUCAGUGUUACCGAGCGGAUCAUGACAGAACAUUGAGACUUCUUCGAAUGGAACUUCCACAUUGGGGAAAUAAUAAUUGUCUUUCUCUUGCAGUCCUGGCGAAUACGAAAACAUUUUUGGCUCAUCCUUGUUGUCAAAUUCUUUUGGCUGAAUUGUGGCAUGGUUCUCUAAAAGUUCGAUCUGGAUCCAACGUGCGAGUGCUUACUGCUCUCAUUUGUCCUCCAGCGAUUCUAUUCAUGGCAUACAAACCGAAACAUGCGAAAACCGCCCGUCUCUUAUCGGAAGAAACACAAGAAGAUAUACCAUACCCACGAGAAAGUAUCACAAGUACAACAUCCAAUCGAUACAGAUAUCCAAAAGGUCCAGAAGAACAGAAAGAAACUCUGUUGGAAAAGGGAAACUAUGCUAAGAAAGUUACUAUCAUCUCUUCGCGGAAGAAUUCCGGAGUGGCAAGUGUCUAUGGAUCAGCUUCGUCAAUGAUGUUCAAACGAGAUCCUCAAUUGAGCAAGUUUGAAAAGUUUCGGGCGUUUUAUUCAGCUCCAAUCACUAAAUUCUGGUCAUGGUGCAUAGCUUUUUUGAUAUUUCUAAUAACUCAAACAUGUAUUCUUCUACUCGAAACUUCUUUAAAACCAUCGAAAUACGAAUGGAUUCUACUCGUUUACACUGUGACACUAUCGGUAGAACAUAUGAGAAAGGUAAGGGCGUUUCGAAGUGAGCAACGAAAAAGUUCAAUAGAAUAUAUCCAGCUAUUAACAUCAGAAGGAUCUCGGAUAAAUGAAAAGAUUAAAGUAUUCUAUGCGAAAUGGUACAAUAUUUGGACAUCUGCUGCUCUUUUAUUUUUCCUAUUCGGAUAUGGAUUCCGAUUGGUUCCGAUGUUUAGGCAUUCGUGGGGAAGAGUUCUUCUCAGUAUCAGUAACGUUCUUUUCUAUAUGAAGACUUUCGAGUACCUUUCCGUUCAUCCUUUACUUGGUCCCUACAUUCAAAUGGCGGCAAAAAUGGUGUGGUCGAUGUGUUAUAUUGUUGUACUUCUUCUUGUUCCUCUAAUGGCAUUCGGAGUGAAUCGACAAGCUCUCACAGAACCAAAAAUCAAAGAUUGGAAUUGGUUGUUGGUCAGAAAUAUAUUUUAUAAACCAUAUUUCAUGUUGUACGGAGAAGUUUAUGCCGGAGAAAUCGAUACUUGUGGAGAUGAAGGGACGCGUUGUUUCCCUGGAUAUUUUAUUCCGCCUCUUCUGAUGGUUGUGUUUCUUUUAGUUGCUAAUAUUCUCCUUCUCAAUCUGCUCAUUGCAAUUUUUAACAAUAUUUACAACGAUUCCAUUGAAAAAUCGAAAGAAAUUUGGCUUUUUCAGAGAUACCAGCAGCUUAUGGAAUACCACGACAGUCCAUUCUUGCCACCUCCAUUUAGUAUUUUCGCUCAUGUUUAUCAUUUCAUAGAUUACAUCUGGAAUCUACGGAGCAAGCGUCCAGACACAAAACGUUUUCGAUCCGAGCAUUCUAUAAAAUGGAGUGUGACUGAAGAUGAAAUGAAACGAAUGCAAGACUUUGAGGAGGAUUGUAUUGACACACUUACAAGGACUAGAAGACUGAAAUUAGACACAAAGGAACCAUUGAAUAUGACGGAUUUAACCGAAUUAACAUGCGAACGGGUGCACGAUCUGAUGCAGGAAAACUUCCUUUUGAAGAGUCGUGUGUAUGAUAUUGAAACUAAGAUCGAUCAUAUUGCGAAUUCUAGCGAUGAAGUUGUGCUGAUUCUCAAGAAUAAGAAAAUGUCGCAGAAUUUCGCAGCGUCAUGUUUAUCACUGCCUGAAACUUCCAUUGAAGUUCCAAAGCUGACAAAGCCUCUCAUUGACUAUCAUUUGUCUCCUGUGGUUAUCGAAGAACGUCUUGCAACUCGUUCACCUCUUCUAGCAAAUCUUCAUCGAGAUCACACACUCCGGAAAUACGAUGACGCAAACUUCCAAGCUGGUAAUCUGCAACGUCGAACACGUCUUCAUUCCAGUUCCUGCUCGAUUUCACAGGAUAUGAAGGAAAUGAGAACAAGCGCAAGUUCCAGAAACUUGAAACGACAAGAUUCCGAGGAACUAACAGUUUCAUCUCACGGUGGUUAUGAUUCAGAUAUUUCUGGUCCAGACUAA